CGGCACCACCAUCGGAGUCGGUCGUCGGCUCGGUCGCCACCGUUAGUCGUCCUCGUGGAUUUCACCCUGAUCGGUCGUACGCCGCCACCCUUGCUUUCCACCACGACUUACGAUCGACGACCCUUUGCGAAAGGCUUUUGCCGGCCGCCGUUUUUCUUAAAACAGUCGCUUGCUCGCCGCUAGGGCAGAUGAGGACGACUCGCGUACAACCCUAGAGAUAAACUCUAAAAUACUUUUUAAACGUUGUCACUUCCCUGCCGGUAACCGCGAAUAGUGUGCGUUAUCGCGGAAGUGUAUAAUUACCCACGUCGGGUAUCCUUUCUUUUUUCUUUUCCGUCCUCGGGAAACUGAAAAAAAAACGUCCCCCCGACUACUGUUACGUCCCAUAAAAACAUUGGCGUCAAUCAAACACUGCCAGUUGCGAGAUGUAUCUCUGGUUGCCGAACGCCCUGCUAGGGAUGUAUCUGAUGUUCUCAAUAGCCGCACCACCGUAUAUAGCUCCAUAUAAAGAUGAUUUGUUGGACGAUCAAGAACAAAACGGUCCCCAAGACCCAAACAAGAUACCCAAGUUCAUGACAAAGCCGAACGUUUUCCGUGUCGUUAUCAGAGACACGGUCGUGUUACCAUGCGACGUGUAUAAUCCAGAUAACCUUGUUUUGGCUUGGAGGAAAGGCAUUGCAAUAUUAACAGCUGGCACGACAAAGGUAAUGCCGGAAGAACGCUACCGGAUCGUCGAAGGAUAUAAUCUAGAAAUUCGCAAUGCCCAUGUAAGCGAUGCAGGAAAUUACACAUGCCAGAUUGGAACGUUGAACACGUUGGAAUUGAAACACACACUACAUGUACUCAUUCCACCAAGGAUCGUUGGAGUAACUUCUAAUGGAAAAGUUUGUGUGAAAAGUGGAAUGUCCGUGACUCUGGAAUGCAACGCUACAGGAAACCCAAAACCAACAAUCACUUGGAUUCGAAAAAAUGACAUGCUUCCAUGUGGAAAAGACUCAGCUACCGGAAGUACAUACACUGUAAACAAUGUCCGCAGAACACACGAUGGAGUUUACAUAUGUUCGGCGUCUAAUAACAUCGGCGAACCCGUAACAGAACAAAUAGACCUAAAAGUAAUGUAUCCACCGGAUGUCAAACCAGAAUAUGCUAUCGUGUUUUCGGCGGAAGGACGAGAAACUGAAAUCGUGUGCAUAAUUCACGCUGAGCCCGAUGCCGAGGUGCUAUGGUACAAAGAUACUUUACAGUUGGACAUGAACGAAUGGCGCAUCAUGGAAUUCAAAGGCAACCGGUACACUUUGCGCAUAAGGAAAGUGCAGAAUACAGACUUUGGCAAUUAUUCUUGUGUGGCUGACAAUGGACUUGGCAGAACCAGGCGAUUCGUCGAGCUAUCUGGAAAACCAGAUGUCGCUGCGUUCACUAGUAGCUCUGUAAGCAAUACAAGGGACUCGUACAACAUAUCUUGGAAGGUAAAGAGCUACAGUCCUAUUCAAGAAUACAAGUUGCUGUACCGUCCCUUCAAGAACUCCACCAAGAGUAUUAAAGAAAGCCACUACAAACGUCCCAUGCAAAGGCGCUACGACGACUGGAACGAAAUACUCUUGAACCCUCAACGCACCGACGUCGUGGAUCAGGCAAUGUCUCAGGUGAUCACUUCCUUGGAGCCCAUUACCUACUACGAAGCCACCGUCCAAUCCCGAAACCGCUACGGCUGGAGCGAAGUUUCCAAAUCUUUCUCCUUCUCUACCCUCGAGAAGAACGAAGUGGCUGCCGGAGGCAAAUCAGUUUUCCGUGACCCAGAAUUGCGAGGCAUCACCGCUACCUCUGCUGUCAACAACACUCCAGACACCAUCCGAACAUUGUUGCUUUGCGUCAUGAUCGUGGCCAUCCUUUUCCUCGCUUAAAUUCCCAAAAAAAACCCAUCUUCUCAACCUAACACACUUAUUCCUCCCUAGUGAACCUGCAUGUUCUUUAUGAACCUUUAUAGAAACACAGACAUCUUUAUUUAUACCCAACGUCUACGUCUCCUAUACUCAAGAAACUACCACACCUUAACUUCGGAUAUCAACUUAUGUGUUACCAAACCUACAUGGAAAUCUUCAAUUUUAGAAAAGACUCAAUAGAUCAUUACGUUUAUUUAUUUUUUAAACAUAAACUAUCUAUUUCUAAGUUAGUCGUUCAAUAGUUAAGUAUUAUCCAUAAAAUAAAAAUCGAUAAAAAUACAAUUAAUCAAGAUGAACUAACAAUAAGAUACAAUGGUCGGGUGUGGUACCUAAACCUCGCAGAUAACUUUACAUAGGGCGAAAAAUCAUUAGGCUAAAUAGCUAAUUCCAACUAGCUAAUUAUAAAACAACUAAUAUGAUAAAUCUACAUUCUAUAAAAAAGCCUCAAAAACAUUAAAAUAUUUAAUUAACUAUUUAUUUUUCUUAUAAUUUGUUCAUAAAAUAAAUAUAUUAAUUAUAGAAUAUUUCAACAACAAUUAAUUUUAACAUAAUAUAACAUCAGAUUUCAUUUAAUAUUUAUUGAGCUAUAUGUUCUUUAACAUUAAAAUUCAGUAUAGUAUAUUAUUCAGAAUAGCCUAAUGAAUAUUUAUAUUCAAUACUUUUUUCUGUAUGCUACGUGGAAUUAGCUUAAUGGCUUUCGCUUAUUUAGAUUCGGCCUUUAACUAUUUCCCCACCAAUGUUCAUAAAUUAACAUGUGUGUAAAUUCUUAUUUAACCCUAUAAUGUUAAAUCACUUCCUUGCUUAAUUUCCCAAAAUAUAUUCUUUAUUGAAACUGUGGCCAAAACCAUAAUAUCUACCUACUUUAAGACUGUCUUCUCUUUUACUUUCUUUUAACAUCUUUAACAAAACCAAAUAAUAAAUAAAAAUUUUAAACAAAGAUAAGUUUUAAAAAAAACUAUCGCGCAAUGUUGAGAUCGUUAUUUUAUCAUCUGAAUGAUAUUUUAAAAUCGCGUUUGUACAAUCGCAUUACAAAAACAGAAAGAUAGGAUUUACUUCAUGAUAUGACAGAUUUACAUUUAUAAUGUAUGUCAAUCUAUCAAAUCGGUAAUGUGCUGACCCUAUCAUAAAAUGAAUAUCAAUAUUAAGGUGCUUACAGACGAUAUAUUAUAGUCAGAGCAGGCAGACAAGUUAAAUUAGUCAAAUCAGAUGAAUUAUAAAUCGUGUGAAGGUUUAUCUAUUGACUUAAUUCUAAACCUGACCAUGUGCAAGUCAAAAUGCCAAAAUUUACACAACAAUGGAUUUGUUUAGGUUUCUUUUUUUCCGUAAAAAACUACUACUCCUGAGAGGAAAACGGUUGAACGAUGCUUCCUCCCGGUUGAAGACUCAUUUAUGAAUUAGACAAAAUUUAAAAAUUUACACUGGAAGAGAUAAAACAAAAUAACGAUAAUUAACUAUGUAAUAUAUAGGUAAAAAAAAAUACAAUAAGAUAAACGUAUGGUCAGGUUCACGAUAAAGAUAGUCAGGCUACCUGUUGGAACGAUUAGAUAAUAUCGUCUGCGAGUACCUUUAAAAACAGUUUUUCCGUUCAAAGGUCUGCAUUAUAACAAUGAAAGAAGUUCCUUUCGACCAUUUCUUACAGCAGAAAUGUAAAAAAUAAUAAUAAACAUUCGUGCAUCAAAAUCAUUGUUUAAAAACACUUCAUUUAGAUUUAAAAUUUAUUAGAACGGUUAAUUAAUAAUAAAGAUAUUUGGCUUAUAAAUUUGAAAUACAUUAGUCUACUGUCUAGAUGUAAUUUUGGAAAAAACCAGUUACAGUGUUGUAGUCUUACAUUAGUUAAUGCUAGUUACCUUACUUAUACUAAUUAUAAGAUAUUAUAAGGAACAAUUUUUUAAAAACAUGUAUAUUUAAAUUAUUGUUAGUAAGAUAGUAUGCUAUUUUAAACUAGUAUUCAUUAGGCGUUUAAAUUUAAUGCUUUAUUAGAUUAGAUAUUUCAUGUCGUCAGUCGGAUAGCACGAUGUGAGUUGAAAUGUUACCUAAACGAGACAGAUAAUUUUGUUGUUCAUCAUACGUUUAUUUCAUGAUUAUGUUUUUUCAAAAACUAAAUACUUACUUUUCAAUUGACAAGCCAUCAUAAUUAUGUUUUAGUGAAUUUUAUUGAAGUUUGACAAUAGCUCCGAACUACAAAAAUCAGUGUUUAAAUGUUAAUAAUAAAAAGAAAUAUCACAUUUAAUUUUUCAAAAAACUUUUGUUUAUGUAAAAUAAAAACCGGUUUCGUUUUUAAUUAUAUAAAUUCAGUUUGAAAUAUUAUUAAAAUGCAUUUUUUUUUAAAUUCUGUUCGCUCUUAUAAAAAAAUGAACUGAUUGUAUUUGAAUGAGGAGAGAUUUGAGGCUGUCGACAAAAAAAAUACUUAUUUCUAUCUAAUGGCACCUGUUUUAAGUAUAACUUCUUUAAACUAAUUAUAUUUUAAGCAUAUGAUAUUACUAUUCAUAUUGUUUAACUUAUACUGCUGUAUAUAAAAAUGGAUUUAAUUUCAAAUGUUGCCGUAAAUUCUUUAUUGGCUGUAUUGAAUUAAUCAUUUAAAAUUGAACAACCGUUAAAUAAAAUACAUUAAUACUGUAAUACGGUUGAUAUUAUGAUCACAUGAUAUUUUCAAUAAAUCAGUGGUGCCUAAACUAAACAAAAACUCAUCGGAAACGUUAAUUACAAGUAAUUUCAUCGCACAUUAUUGGUACACUCGAAUCUUAAUAAAAAUGAAAUAAAAUAAAAAAACAUCUGCGUCAUAUAAUUUAUUUUAUUUACUUAAUAUUAUACAUCUGAUUGUAUAUUGUUGAAAAUAAUGGUGCUAAAUAGCAACAGGUUGUUACUUUGAAACAAAAUAUAAUGCAAUGUAACACAAUUUUAUCAAAUUUGUCAUUUAAAACAAAACAAAAGUACAGUUAAAAAAUCGUGCCAGUAAAUUAGAAUAGGUCAUUUCAUUAAUAAUAAUAAAUAAUAUUAUAUUAUAGUUCGCAUCUCAUAAAGUUUGGUAAUUGCUAAGUGCUAUCUUGGAAUUCCAGGAUUCCCAGUUAUCUAUCCCGAGUGCUCCAGUAAACAAUAUUAUUAUACGCAAUACACUUAUUAGUGUAUUUAAUUAUAACAAAUUCAUAAUAAUAUAUUAUUACAUUUUUUUAUUAAAACAUAAUUUACUUAAGUCGGCAAACGUGUAGUAUGAAAAUUUAGAAAUAUAUAUCAUUAGUAUUUGAAACUAGUUAGUAGGUAUUAUACAAGAACAGUGAAAACAUUACAUUAUAGUUAAGCUAAAAAUUAUAAGAAUGUCUUGUAUUCUAGAAAUAAUCAACAAAAUACAUGAAUUGGGAACACCUGGUAAUUCUGAUAAUCAAAUUCGACCAUAGACACUUUCUUGUUAUCACAACUACCAAAAACUAUCAAAGUGACGGUUAAUCGACUUAAAUAAUAUAAAGCAGCGUUUGCCAUAUUUUGAUAAAUUUAAGUAAUAACGAGAAAAAUUAAUUAAAAAAAAUAAACAAAUUUACAUCCACAUUGAAAUAUUAAAUCAUAUUGUUUUUGAUACAAAAAAGAACAUUUUUGAACAUCCAAAGAAAUUAAUUUGAAUAAAUUUAAGAUCAUAAAAUACUGACUUUAUAUGAACUUUACACAAGCCUAGUAGUCGUGAUAACAGGAAACCCAAUUACAAUAGAUCAAAAUAUGUAUUUAUAAUGUAUAAUUGCAUUGCACGUUACACAGAUAGUUGUGAUUGCCAGUUGGAAAUGUUGAUUUAAGUGUUGGUAAAAAUUAAUUGUUAAGUAUAUUAUACUGUAUAAGAUACCUACUAGGUAUAUUUUUAUUUAUAAUGAUUAUAUAAUUAUCGAAUGGUUAGAGAUAUAUUUAGUAUUUUUUAAAAAUAUACAUGCAUAAUUAUAUAUUUAACUUACUUUAA